UUCAUCCAUCUUCCUCCCCUUCAAAUCCUUCAAAACCCUAACCCUAAGACACAACAAUGGAGACUUAAUUUCUCUCACUCUUCUUACCCAGACUCCCGCGAAACCGAAGACAUUCAUUCAUCAGACGACCCGCUGUCAACCUACAAAGUCAAAUUAAUGUGUAGUGAUGGUGGGAAAAUCCAACCAAGACUCCACGAUAACCAACUCGCUUACAUCGGAGGCGACACAAAAAUCCUAUCCUUCGAUCACGGUAUCAAGUUUUCUGGGAUGGUGCAUAAACUCGCGUCUCUUUAUAGUGGGGCCACUGAUAUCUUUUUAGAGUAUCAACUUCCUGGUGAAGAUGUUGAUGCUUUGAUUUCCGUUACAAAUGACGAGGAUCUUGAGCACAUGAUGAUUGAAUUCGACCGGUUGCACCAGGCUUCCGCUAAGGCCUCGAAGUUACGAUUAUUUCUGUUUAGUUUGAAAAGUUUCGUUCCGAGUGAAGUGAAAUUGGAGAGGCAGUUGUUUGUGGAUGCUUUAGAUUCUGUAAGUGUGCAGAGUCUAGAAUCUUCUUUACCACCCGCCAAGGCGGCUGUUUCAGCGGAUAAUCCGGAUUUUUUGUUCGAACUGGAUAAUAAUAUAUGAGUUCAAAUGUUAUCCCAAGACUUAUGUUGGAAUUGAGCAGCCAGUUUAUUUACUUCAAGCACCAGCAUUGAGACCGGUUACUGGACAAGUUG